AUGCCUGCCUUGGAUCCGAUUUUGGAACUUCCCGCAUUUGAUGGUGAGGAUUCUCAGCUGUGCAGGGAAGCUAGCUCUUCUCACCAGCUUCCAACCGUUGAAACUUUGAGCUGUUCUGGCUCUGAUGGUGAUUCUGAUUCGGCCGCUGAUUUGCCUGAGAAGUGGCGCCGCAAGCGGACCCACAAGUCCCGUGUUGAAACAGCAGAAGCGUUCAAGGAGCGCCUUACCAGCGAGUUGCACAUCAAGGCCCUCCUUGGGAAGAAAUGCACGAAUUGCAAGCAUCAAUGCUGCCUGAAAUUCAACCAGGGCAGCCGUCUUCAGGAGCUGCUAGAAUUUCGUAGAGAUUGGUGCGAACUUCAUAAGUUGGACCAAGACAGAGUGGCUUUUGAGCGCAUCAAGGCAAUCCUCAAGCCUGGCCAGGAUCGCGAGAGUCCUACUGAGUGGACCCUUUUGGGUGUGCAGGUGUGCUUGCGAGCAUGGAAGAGACUCCACGGCCUAGGUAGCCGCCGCUUUGACAAACUGCGAACAGCUGUUGAGUCACUUGCUGAAGUACCUCCCCCAGACCUGCGGUAUUUGCAACGGGGGAUCAAGAAGUAUGACCAGUCUGGAGAGUCAUCACGGGCACGCGUGAUUACCUUUUUGGAGCAGGUGUACCAAAGCCAGGCAGAAACGCUGCCAGACUGGCGUGACUCCGGCUUGGACGAUGGGGAUGAGGUGAUAUCGCUGCAACUGCCUAGCGGUGUUCCGUCGAGGCCAGAGACUGAUGGUUACUACAAGCACGCUGCCCUUGGAUCCAGCCGUAGUGCCCCGGCUGCCAAAAAGAAGGGGAAACACAAAGUUAAGAAGGCAAUGGCCAUAGACCCCGACCGCAUGAACCUUCAGCUACGUUUCUUGCCACCAUGUCAGAUGGUGGAUGUUUAUGACCAAAUGAAGGCAGCUGAAUCAGCAAAUUCAUCAGAGCUUGGCCCAGUCAGCUUUUCAUGCUUCUGGCGCACCUGGUGCCAAUACUAUCCCCAUUUGCGCAUUAGGCCAACAAGCAGUCACUCCAUGUGUGGAGAAUGCAGCCGGUACAAGGCUCUACUGAAGGACCUGUCCCAUCACCUAAGGGCCAGAGCAGCUCAGCAUGCCCUGUAUAUGAGGCACCUGGAGGCCCAAUACAGGGACCGAGUUCAGUACUGGUCCUCCAGGCCCCUGUCACGUUUGAAGCCUCCUCUGGAAGUUGUCAUCACAAUCGACGGAAUGGAUCAGAUGAAGUAUUGUUACCCUAGAUCAAAAGCCUUCCGAUCCAAAUCCCUCAGUACUAUGAUCCGCCCCAGGGCCCACGUGACUGGCCUUUUGUGUCACGGCCAUUUCCUUAUGAUGGCUACUGGAGAGCAUUGCAUGCCAAAGGAUGCGACGUCCAUGAUGGAACUUCUGAGCCACGCAUUGACAAAGCUCCAACAAGACUUCCAUGUCAACCUGCCCACUACUUCGGUAGUGGUGCAGGCUGACAACACCCCCCGCGAGAUUAAGAAUGUGAUUUUCUGCAAAUGGGCCAGCCGGCUCGUAUCUCACAGAUCCGUCAGGAGCAUCCAGCUCCGCUGCUUGAGAACAGGUCACAGUCAUGAUGACCUUGACCAACUUUUUGGUGAUUUAAGUCGAUACAUCAGCCGGAAGGCUCGGCAAGCUGUCCAUCCUGGGGACUUUGUCACCAUCAUUGAAGAUUGGUUGGGAGAAGUCAAACGACCCUUUGAACCAAAGCGGUACUCCAUUUUCUUUGACGUAGCCCAUGACUGGAGACUCGGGUUGUUACUACUACUAGCAAGUUUUAGUUGUUGA